AUGGACGAGGCGUUGGCCACCAGCCGAUCAGUGUCGGCCUCACGCAGUUCAGCCACGAACGUGACGGGUGCCACGCCACCAUCCCAGAAACCCUCGGAGCACUCGAACGACACCGAGUCCUCGGUGCCGUUGACCUGGCUGCAGUUGUUCACCGGCUCUGGAGGGCCUGCGCAGAUGGCGGAUAUAUACUCACAGAAGACAUCCAGCUUCCAUCCUUCCUCAAUGGCGCUGCCUUGUAUGAACUGGUUCUCGGCCCUGCACGACAGCACCGCUCCGUUGUCUGCUUUUCGUGGCGUGAAGAGGAGCACGCUCGAGCUGGUGCCCUCGUGGUUGUUGUCGCCCUGGUGUUCCUUAGCCGACAGCAACUGCUCGUCCCCCUUCCACCAGUUCAUGUCCAAGGUUAUGGACCGUGACACGGCCACCGUGACGUUGUUGUUGGCUGCCUGGCAGGUAAGCACGCUGAGGAAGUCCGAGCGCUUCAGCUCGCCGACCUCCAGCCAGUUGCGAGCCACGCUGCCGUCCCCCACGAAGCUGAAGUUCGAGUCGACCAGCCGCUUAUCGCGCCACCAGGUGACAACGGGACGAGGCUUACCUGAGAUAUGCACAGAGCCUGAGGUUCUGUCCUUCACUGAAGCGCCCCACGAGACCUUCCAGCUUGCGUCCGUCUUCGUCCAUUACAACCGGAUCACCCGGGGGCACUGUGUCAAAGGAGCGAGGCUACCAAUAACGGAGAGCGUGUGCUGCCCGAAGCCACGCCAAAUCCAGACAAUGACAGUGGCGGACCACCGGUGUAUUGCUAUGCCUACGUCUCUUGACAUGAAGAACCAUGAACAAGAAGGCUGCCGAGAUAACGCCCAAACGUUGCUUCCGAGUUUGUCCACGGACGCCCGAGAUUUCACAUCUACCGUAAGGACAUUCUUCCAAGCGUUGAUUCUCACCUCUUGGACUUGUCCCGGAAUCAGCUGGUCGAAGAAUUGGGACAGCCGCUGUCUGUUGAUUGUAUUCAAAUUAGCCGUCUCCGUUGUGGCUACGAAAGCCACAGAGAACCCGUCAGGUGCGUCAACAUUCUCUGCAGGCAACUCCCUCGCUGCUGAUGUCCGGCGUAACGCGCCAAGUUUGUCAACAGUCUUUGUAGUCGACUCACCAGCUGUUGAUGUCCGGCGCAACUUCCUUUUCAGGCGGCGCGAUUCAACAGGCGUGAAGCUGCUACUGUCGGAAUCCAUCUCAGUCACCGUGGAGUCAUCUGCCGAAUCUGGAAGCUCCACGUCGGUGACGGUCGUAGCACAGAGGGCACCAACCGGCCGAGCAGCCGCUGGGUCAACUGCGUCGACGGGAAGCUGCACGGGACGUGUGCCCGCCAUCCCGAAGGACGACGCGAUCACUGUGUACACACAAUAUUAAAAAGCUGCAGA